AUGCACCCUGCUUAUACACUGUAUAUCGGGCUUGAAGCUCGUGUGACCGAGUGGAAGAACGACAUGUAUGCGACUGUCAGUAAACGGUUCAGUGCACCCACUGAUGCACAGUAUCAGGUUGAUGAGAAGAAGCCGAUGAUUACGGAGAAGCAAGUUGAAGAAGGGAGAUCGGAGAAGGAAUUGCUGGAACAGAAAUAUGCCAGUCAGAUAUGA